ACAGAAGUAUGGCUAAUGGAAACCGAAAACUUCUCGGAGCCCAAUGGAUGAUAGUCGUACUGAGCUUUAUAAGUGUCGGCGAGGCUCAGGUAUGCAGCAAUGCUAGUGGAACUGUUUGCGACUCAUACUUUAUGCUCUACAGAAGCCUACAACUCACGGGUGGUUGUUUUGUUGGUAGUUUGAUAAGGCCUACACAGCUUGGCUGCGCCAUGAAUUGCUUCCAUUCCAAGAAUUGCACUGCCUUCAGCUACAACGUCAGCUCAAGAGUCUGCCAGACUUGCACGGGUAGCUUGAUUAAGGCAUUAACAUUCUUCGGCGGAGACUUUUCUCUACAAAGAAAAAUGUCGAAAAUCAAUCUGGCCCUUGAUCCAGGGCCUCUGGAAACAAUCAUGUUUAUUAAUGUACCAGGAGGAGUAACCCCUGGUCGACUGUUGUACAUCUAUGCUACGCUGCUGACCAACGACAGCUUCAACUUUGACUUCACAAAGUACGGCAACGACAGCUACAUCCACUUCCACUUCCGGGCCCGCUACGACAACGCCACCAGCAAGGUCAUUGUCCUCAAUCAUUGUUGGAAUGGAUCCUGGCACUCGCCCGAAGUGCUCCCGAGCUUCGCCUACCCUUUCAGUAUCAACCAAAGUUUCAGCAUCCACGUUCUGGUCACACCAGCCUGCUUCAUCAUUUACGUCAACCAGGCCCUUUGCUGCCAGUACAACCAUUCGGCCCCCGUUGAAGAUAUUAACUAUGUCAGGGUGUCUGGAAAGAUCAAGGUCCAUGAAAUAAGUAUAUGAUGAUCUUGAGCAAGGAAAUGAUUGGUCUGUGUGACAAUGGAUAAUUGUGAAAUACAUUUAUGGAUUUCAUAAAAAUAUUUAUACUUUUACGAUGAGCUUCAUAAAAAAAAAGUUAAUAAUCUAUAUAUAGGCCUGUAUAUAUAAAUGGCCAUGAUUCCUUCGUGCAUUCAGUCAUUCACAACUUACCUACCUUUAAUUAUCCCACUUGCAAUGGACGAGAAAAUACAAAUAUUUAAACUGUUAUCACUUGGCUUGGAUCUAGAACAACUAAUGUAUUUUCACAAUCGCUUAAAUUUACCAAAAAAAAAACGAUUUUUUUAAUCGAAGUUUCGACCCAAUAUUUUUUUUAAAGCAUACUUAUCGAAAACACUGAACCAUAAUCUUCAAAUACAAAAUCUAAUUAAACACUCAGAAAGACAAAUAUAAAGUUGCUGGACUGUCGUUCGGUGGUCCCGGGUUCAUACCAUGCCCGCUGCCAUCCCUCGUUGUCCUGCGGAAGGUUUGGACUAGGAGUCAGAUUAUCAUCAAUAUCCGAAACAUGCCAAACAUUUAAAUAAGUCUAGCAUGAGUCAAUGAACUGUCAGCAUUUCGAGUGGAUGCUGAACGCUAGCAUGAAAUGUCUGUUAUAUUUGUACUAAACAGGUUUCUCCAAUCGAAUCGUUGUUGACAUCACCCAGGCUAUCUAGAUGUAUAGAUGAGCGUGGAGGUCGCCUAAAUAAGUAUCAAAACACUAUAUUCGUUAUAUAUUUCUGUCGC